AUGAAUCAUCACCUUUCAAAAAAAAAAACAGAUUCCAGUAGAUCUAGACGGAUUGAGAUGAAAGUGGUCCAUACUAUCGCUGAAGUACGUCAAUGGCGUGCGUUGUUUGCCGGUUCCGCCAAGAUUGGGUUCGUCCCCACCAUGGGAUGUCUUCAUGAAGGUCAUGCCUCAUUGAUCAAGCAAUCCAAGCAGGAUAACGAUUUUACCGUGGUGAGUAUCUUUGUGAAUCCAUCACAAUUUGCUCCCACUGAGGAUCUGGAUCAGUAUCCACGAACCAUGGAUGCGGACAUGACUCUUUUGAAAUCAUUGGGUGUGGAUCUUCUGUUUGCACCCACGGCGAAGGUCAUGUACCCACAGGGGAUCCCAUUAGAUGUAGAAAAGCAAAGAGGACCCUUUGUGAGCGUACUUGGUGUUAGUGAGAUGUUGGAGGGGAAGACAAGACCCAAUUUCUUCCGUGGGGUAGCCACUGUGGUUUUGAAGUUCUUGAAUAUCAUCACUCCCACCGUAGCUUAUUUCGGCCAGAAGGACAUUCAGCAAUUUGUCGUGUUGAACACCAUGUGUAAUGAGUUGUUUGUCAACACCACAUUGAUAAUGAUGCCCAUUGUGAGAGGUACUGAGGGACUGGCUCUAAGCAGCAGAAACAAAUAUUUAUGUGAUGAAUCGUUGCAGAUUGCUAACAAUUUGUACCGAGGUUUGCACGCGGCAGAAACAAUGCUAACCCAACAAAGAGCAGUUUGCACCAGAGAGUCUCUGUUGGACACUGUUCAGAAGAUAUGGCAACCUUUCAUCGAUCAAGGUGAUUUUAAAGUGGACUAUGUGUCGUUUGCGGAUUGGACCACGCUUGAAGAAGUUAACAAGUUCGACGGUAAGGUGAUUAUCAGCUGUGCAGUGUACGUGAAGGAUCGCAAGGACACCACUCGUGUGGUCAGAUUGAUCGACAACGUGGUUGUGUAG